UGGUUUGCUUGACGCUGUGUAGAUCUGUGGGACCGCCAAGCUAGAGCUUCCGAAGUGUUUUCGGGCUGGCUGUUCUUUGUCCUCCAUUACAGCUCGGAUUCCCAGCUUGACUGUACGGCGCAGGCCCGAAGUAGCGCAGCCGCUCUGAGACUGUAGUGAGAGUCCCCCCGGUGUCCCCUGGCCAUGGAUGAGCACUCGGUGCACGGGGCGACGGAGCACAUGAGCACCAUCGAGGCGCACGCCGUCUCGCAGCAGGUGCAGCAGGUGCACGUGGCCACCUACACGGAGCACAGCAUGCUGAGCGCCGACGACGACUCGCCCUCCUCGCCCGACGACGACGCCUACGACGACUCCGACAUCCUCAACUCCACCGGCACCGACGAGGUCACCGCCCACCUGGCCGCCGCAGGGCCAGUCGGAAUGGCGGCUGCGGCUGCCGUGGCCACAGGAAAGAAGCGUAAAAGGCCACACAUCUUUGAGUCGAACCCCUCCAUCCGAAAAAGACAGCAGACAAGAUUACUCAGGAAACUGCGGGCCACUCUGGACGAGUACACCACCCGCGUGGGCCAGCAGGCCAUCGUGCUGUGCAUCUCCCCCUCCAAGCCCAACGCCGUCUUCAAGGUGUUUGGCGCCGCCCCGCUGGAGAAUGUGGUGAGGAAGUAUAAAAGCAUGAUCCUGGAGGACCUGGAGAAUGCACUGGCUGAGCACGCACCCGCUGGAGGAGAGCUGAGCUCCGAGCUGCCUCCUCUAACUAUCGAUGGCAUCCCCGUGUCUGUGGACAAGAUGACGCAGGCCCAGCUCCGUGCCUUCAUACCAGAGAUGCUCAAGUACUCCACGGGCCGUGGGAAGCCCGGCUGGGGCAAGGAGAGCUGCAAGCCCAUCUGGUGGCCGGAGGACAUCCCCUGGGCCAACGUCCGCAGCGACGUCCGCACUGAGGAGCAGAAGCAGAGGGUGUCCUGGACGCAGGCCCUGCGCACCAUCGUGAAGAACUGCUACAAGCAGCACGGCCGCGAGGACCUCCUCUACGCCUUCGACGACCAGCAGGUGCCCCACCAGCAGGUCGCCACGGCAGCCACGCACAGCAUCGCACACCUGGUGCCCUCGCAGACGGUGGUGCAGACCAUCAGCAACCCCGACGGCACAGUAUCACUUAUUCAGGUUGGCACAGGACAAACUGUGGCCACGCUGGCCGAUGCCUCCGAGCUGCCUGGCACCGUUACUGUGGCACAGGUCAACUACUCAACCGUGACUGAUGGCGAGGUGCACCUUUCAAACUGGGCGACGUUGCAGGGCGGGGAGAUGACCAUCCAGACCACGCAGGCGUCCGAGGCCACACAGGCCGUAGCGUCGCUAGCCGAGGCCGCCGUCGCCGCCUCCCAGGAGAUGCAGCAGGGGGGCACGGUUACCAUGGCGCUCAACAGCGAGGCGGCGGCCCACGCUGUGGCUACUCUAGCCGAGGCCACGCUGCAGGGGGGUCAGAUCGUGCUGGCCGGAGAGACAGCGGCCGCCGUGGGAGCACUGACCGGAGUCCAGGAUGGCAAUUCCCGUCAGCAUGUACCAGACUGUGGUGACCAGCCUCGCCCAGGGCAGUCGGCCCAUGCAGGUAGCCAUGGCACCGGUGGCCACGCGCAUCGAGAACACGAUGACGCUCGACGGGCAGGCCGUGGAGGUGGUGACCCUAGAGCAGUGACACACUCCCCCCCUGCAGGUGUUUGGGACGGGCAGCGUCGACCCCCAGUAGCGCCCCCCGGAGGGCGGGGGGAGGUUUCCGGGUGCUGGGGAGGCGGUACACCUGUUUUCACACACUGUAAUAUAUGCGUUGUAUAAAGACAAAAAAAUAUUGCUAUAUAUUUUUGACUUUUUACACCUGCAGGGGAUUUACAGGUUCUAGGAUCAUUAUCAAUGCAUCAAUGCAGUGUAAAAAGAGGAUAUUUCUUUUUUUGGA